AUGGCACCAAAUGCAUUUACCCUCCCACUUCACCCUGAAUAUGUCGAGAUGGUCCCAAAAGACGCCGGCGAGCGACGAGAUUCAGUCGAAAUCUUCGAGGAAUCCAACUUUCCCAAGAAACAACGUGGUUUUUCCUUGCGAGGCUCGACUAAAAAGAUGUCUCCUUCAAACGCUUUCAGCUGGAAUCGCCCUGACAAGAAAGACACUGAAGCGAAAAUCAAGCAGAGUCCGAAAACUGCUCAAGUCGGCGAUUAUUUCCAUGGAAUUUGCUAUCGAGCCCCAAUCCGUUGUAGCAAGAAUGAAAUGAACGAUAGCGACCUAGAGUGGUCGAAAUUUCACCUCAUCGUCGUUGGAGAUGUUUUCCUAUUUUUCUCCGCACCGAAGUACGAGUUUGAAUCACGAAUUCAUCUUUCGACCGUCCGAAGCAUCAGACGAGUGCGAGUCUUUGGCAAAUCCGCAAUCUACUUCUCUACUAUCCGCCCUUUCCUCCUGCGGUUCCAAACUAGAGCCGAGCGAUCAAACUUCUCGAAGAUCAUGCCCAGCCGAACGAAUCUCAGAAUCCCGACCGUCAACUUGAGCCGAGUGGAAAUCGAAGAGGCUGAGAAAAGUUUCAACGAGACACUCGACGACGAAGUUUUCAUCGAUGGUCCUGAACUAGAAGAGAAAUCUGACAUGGACGGACGCAGAGGUCGAUUCUUCAGCGUCCCAGAGGCGGAAACUAAACGAGAAGUGGACGCUCGAGUGUUUCGAUCGCUCAAAAAAUCAGCGAGAAAAUCAACCUCCAAGGAUGCAAAGAAGAAACAUGGCAUCCUCACAUCAUUGAAGAAAAAGUCUGCUCAACUCAAGCGACGUUUUUUCUAA